UCCAGCGACGGCUACUGGGGACAUUUUAAAUGAGCAAACUGUGAUAAAGGGGUCAGAAAGUCGAGAACCCGGAGCUAUUAUUCUAUAUAAUAUCUAUCAAUUACAGAUGUUCAUGCAUAUGUUAGUCUACGCCUAAAAUGAUACAGAGAGCACACACAUGAGGACAGUUUUGCUCCAGGUCAACCGCCCCUGUUUAUCACCUAGCAACUGCCACUUCAGAGACACUGCCUCUGGCCCCACCCUCCAGAGAUGACUGAUGCCCAGAACGCCAACGAGCUCCCUGAAUGCCCCUCAGAGGAUGGGGCCACUGCAGAAGAGCAGGAGAUGCCGCUGAGACAAGAGACCAUGCCUACCGGCUCUCCAGUGGGGGAAGAGCCAAUCAGCUCACAGAAUCCUGAUAAACAGCCCACCCCCGGGCUUCUAUCAAUGCCCUGCUUACUGAAGGAGCUCCACAGAGACUCUGGCUCCGGGCAGCCGGCGGAAACGGAACGGCCUCCCAUCACCACUCAGCCCUACCCACAAGAAGACAGCGAUUCGUCCGUUUGCCUGAGAUCACCCUCCUCGUCCGGUCACCUUGGCGAUUCUGACACGCUUUCGUCUGCCGAGGAAGUGACCGCGCCCACCCAAACUGCUGGCAGGAAGUCACGGCGGUCGCAUUCUGAAAGUGACGCGUCCUCCGUCGCCAUGGCAGCCAAGAAGAACCGUUGCCAGGAAAAACAGGUGAAUGGGCGUGUCCGCGUGAGAGGGCCACGCAGCCAGCGGCAGAAGUUGCGCAUGCGACAGCUGCGACAGAAACGUGAGGCGGCGGCGAGACGCAAACCAGACGUGCUCCAAGACAGCAGUACCAGUGACAGUGACCUCACAGCCCACUCCUCAUCAUCCUCGCCGUUAACGGCCUCAUCCGACAACGAGGGAGAGACAAUCAACUCUCACGCACCAGUGGGUCCUGCAGUUGUUGGGCACUAUGACAUUUCAGACACUCGCUCUCAGUAUUGUGGCAAGAAGUUCAGCAGCAAGACCUUUCCCUGUGCAGUAAAAGUCGAGCCAUCUCAGGUGAGUCUGGCUUCCACAGACAGUGAAGUGGAGAUUGUUGGAGUUCAAGAAAAUGCUAGCGUUAUCUCACGGUUUCCACGCGGUGGAGUGAUCCAGUCGCUUUCUUCCUGGAAACAAAGAGCUCCGCCUACAUGGACGUCAGUCUCCGCCCAGUCAGGGUGGGUUCCACCUCCUGAGGUGGUGGAUCUGACACUGGAUGAAGACAGGCACAGAUUCCUGCUGUGAUCAGAUACACACACACACUUAGACACACUCUCAUAUACAUGUGAUUGGUGGGCUUAGUGACUCAAACAAUUAUACAAUUUGACUUUUGAAUCUAAGAACACAGAAAAAAUGUCUUCAUGAUUCCAGAAAUUUCUUGGAUAACUCUUCAAACCACUCAACGUUUUCUUCUGAUACACUUCGUUAUACUUGAUUAAUUAUUUGUCACUGAGAAUGUAACAUAUGUAAAAUGUUUUUUUUUGCUUUCUUUGUGAUUUUUUUUGUUUGUUUUUUUAGCCCAAUGACCAUUAAAAAAUUUGGGGGAAUCUCACAAAGAUAUGUCCAGAUUGCAUUACCCCCCAAAAUCAGAAGGCCAAAACUAAGAAAUUAUAUUUUGCAUUUAGAAAAUGAAGCCUAUAUUUUUGUUUUCAUGACAAGUAAACAUAUUUCCCCUAAAUUCUCAGAUGUUUUUUUUUUUUUUUUUUUUUUUGAGGGGAGGGGAGGGGUGGAGGGUUGGUUGUAAUUCCUGUUAUUCUCAAUGUUGAUUAUAUUGUCAUUAGCAGUGUUGGGUGUAAUCUGAUUACAAAGUAAUUAGUUACUGUAAUCUAAUUACUUUAGUCAAAAAGUAAUGCAAUGCAUUACAUUUUAAAUGAUUGUAAUCAGAUAACAGUUACUGACUUUCAAAGCUAAUUACUUUUAAGUACAUCACUUGGGUUACACAUUUCUCAAAUAAUAACAUUUAUGUAGAAACCAUUUAAAAAAUGUUCAUACAUACUAGAGGUAGACCGAUAUAUCGGUUUUACCGAUUAAUCUGUGCCGAUAGUUGCUUUUUGGAACUAUCGGUUACCGGCAAAUAUCUAUGUCGAUAGUUGCCGAUAGUUUUUUCAGCAUUUCAACAUUUCAAAAUAAGACUCCCCGGUGUGUUUCGGCUUGUUUAUACUUAAAAGUCCCAUGUUAUGCACGAGAUCUUCAUUUUUUCUAUUUAUUAUUGGGAUUUUGGUUGAACAGAAAACUGCUUCUGGGAUUUUAUUAAUUUUGGAACCUUUGCCUUUUCCCGCCAUAGUAAAGAAAGAAUCUUUUUUUUUUUUUUUUUGGACAUUCUAUAAAUCGAUUUUUAAAAAUAUUGGCCGAUUAAUUAAUCGGUUAUUGGACUUUGAAACCAUCUAAGUUAUCGUAUCGGCAAAAUCCACUAUCGGAUGACCUCUCAUAUGUACGUCUGUUUGUGUUUCUGUGACAGCUGAAGGGAUAACCACAGUGAAAAUGGAGGAAAUAUAGACAUUAUUUUGAAAUCAUUGAGUGGAAAAACAAACUAUUCUGUGAAAAUUUUAGAAAGUAACGAAGUAAUUGGUAAAGUAAUUCGAUUACAAUUUUAAAGAUGUAAUAAUAAUUUGUAGUGGAUUACUAUUUUUGAGUAACUUACCCAGCACUGCUCAUUAUUAGCACUAAUUUAAAUAAUAUAUAAUCUUUUUCACACUACAGUAAUGAGAAAUUAGUUUUUUAGCAUUACAGAAUUUGAUCUGUGGGAAAAUGUGCUUAAUUGUCCUGAAAAUAGUGUCACAAUGCUAAACAUUUUAAUGGCCCUAAAAAUAAGCUUAAUUUGUGCAAAAUAUAAUUUCUCAUUUGUUUCUUCUCAUUUUGGGGUGAAAUGUAACCUGGAUGUGUUUUCCACGUGAUUCAUACAAAACUUCCUUUAGUUUGUCAUGGGAAAUCAAGGAUCCUUGAGUAGUUUUGAGUCACUUUGCCAUCCACACAACAAACACGUACACUCACAUAAUCCUGCUGUUCGCCUCAGGAGUCGCUUGCUGAUACACCCCGACCCCGCCCCUCCCUGUUUUAGUGCCCUUUGUGAUGUAACUUCCUUUUAAGCUGCUGGAGAGCCUAUUAGCUGAGAUAUAAAAGCAAACCUGCUGGUCUUACUGUCACUGGAGCAAACGCCCCACUGCUCUGUGUGUGUGUGUGUGUGUGUGUGUGUGUGUGUGUGUGUGAUGUGAGUGUAAAUUAGAUUGCGUGUUUACUGUCAUUUAAUGCUGCUGUGGGGAGAAGCCUUGGAGUGUGUGUUCCUCAUGUAAUUCUGCUUUCACAAUGUGUGUGUGUGUGUGUGUCUUGAGCAUUAGUUUUUUAAGUGUAUCUUGCAUUCUUAAUGGGGAAUCUCAUUAACACUUUACAAUAAGGUGUAUUUGUUAACAUGAACUAACAAUGAACAAUACUUUUACUGCACUUAAUCUUGCUUAAUGUUGAUACUAAUACAAUUUUUACAUGACGAAGUUGUAUAUGUUAUGUAAUGCACUAUGAACUAACAAUGAACAAAUGUAUUUUCAUAAAUUAACAUUAAACAUGAUUAAUAAAUUAUGCUGUAAAAAUGUUGUUCAUUGUUAGUUUAUGGUUCCUAAUGUAAUUAAUGUAGAAUAUUAUUGUAAAGUGUUACCUGAAUCUCAUGAAACAUGUCCAGGUCAUAUUUCAGCCCAAAAUUAUAAGAGAAAAUAUAAGAAAUAAUAUUUUGCAUCAAGAAAAUAAAACCUGUUUUUAGGACCUUUAUGUUUUUUCCAGUGUAACAUUAUUUUCAUUACACUAAAGUUCAUUUUCCCAUAAAUUCUCAUGACUGUAAUGCAUUGAGGACGUUUUAAUUUUGAGUUUGUAUUUAUCAUAAAAUCAGUAAUAAAGGCAGUACAGCAAAUGCUUAUUUAAAACAAAAAAAAACAAACAAAAAAAAUCCUCAGAUUUUGGGAACAUUGUCAGAGCAGAAGGAAGAUCAUCACCGAUCCUCCACCUGGUCGUUUAAUGGUUAGACGGAGACCUGGAGAGGCCUACGAGCCACAGUAUCUCACACCCACUGUGAAAUUUGGUGGAGGAUCGGUGAUGAUCUGGGGGUGCUUCAGCAAGGCUGGAAUUGGACAUAUUCAUCUGAAGGACGCAUGAAUGAAGACACGUACAAGGUUAUCCUGGAAGAAAACUUGCUUCCUUCUGCUCUGACAAUGUUCCCCAACUCUGAGGAUUGGUUUUCCCAGCAGGACAAUGCUCCAUGUCACACAGCCAGGUCAAUCAAGGUGUGGAUGGAGGACCAACGGAUCAAGACCCUGUCAUGUCCAGCCCAAUCUCCAGACCUGAACCCCAUUGAAGACCUCUGGAAUGUGAUCAAGAGGAACAUGGAUGGCCACAAGCCAUCGAACAAAGCCGAGCUGCUCGAAUUUUUGCGCCAGGAGUGGCAUAAAGUCACCCAAUAGCAAUGUGAAAGACUGGUAGAGAGCAUGCCAAGACACAUGAAAGCUGUGAUUGAAAAUCAGGGAUAUUUCACCAAAUAUUGAUUUCUGAACUCUUCCUAAGUGAAAACAUUAGUACUGUGUUGUUUAAAAAUGAAUAUGAACUUGUUUUCUUUGCAUUAUUCGAGGUCUGAAAACACGGCAUCUUUUUUGUUAUUUUGACCAGUCGUCAUUUUCUGCAAAUAAAUGCUCUAAAUGACAAUAUUUUUGUUUGGAAUUUGGAAGAAAUGUUGUCAGUACUUUAUAGAAUAAAACAAAAAUGUUCAUUUUACUCAAACACAUACCUAUAAAUAGUAAAUCCAGAGAGACUGAUCAUUUUGUAGCGGUCUCAAUUUUUUCCAGAGCUGUACGGUAUAUAUAAUAUCAAACAUAUUACUUUAAAACUUUUUUUUCAUUCUACGGUAAUUACAUAGAAUUUGUUGUUGUUUAUUUUUCUCAUUAUUCUCAAUUGCAUAAUACAGUAUUUUUUACUGUUAAAUUAAACGAAUUGCUGCAAUACUUUUUUUUUUUUUUUUUUUUAUGAUCAAAGGCAUAAAAACAUACUACCAUGAUUUAUAAAUAUAAUGUUUUUGGUAACACUACAAUAAGGUUCACAUCAGUUAACAAGAACUAACAAUGAACAACACUUUUACAGCAUUUCUUAAUAUUGGGUAACGUUAAUUUGAACAACUUUUGUUUUUAAAAAUGUAAUAUAGUAUAUGUUAACAUUAGUCAAUGCACUAUGAACUAACAAUGAACAAUUGUAUUUUUAUAAACUAGCAUUAACAAAGCUGAAUAAAUUCUGUAAAAACAAAUAUAUUGUUCAUUGUUAGUUCAUGAUACCUAAUGCAUUCACAAAUAUUAAUGAAUGAAACCUCACUGUAAAGUGUUACCAAUUAUUAUUAUUUUUAUAAAUAUUAAAUCAGAUGUUUUUGCAUUAAUGAAAACAUUUUAAAUAGUAGCAAAAUAUCUUAAUAGUCCUAAAAUAUGCUUUAGGAAAAAGCUUAUUUUCUUGCAUCUUUCUUUGGAUUUUGGGGUGAAAUAUGAUCUGGACUGGUUCUUGACAGGUUUUGUGAGAUUUACCCUCAUAAAAACAGACCCUUGCUUUUAUUAUGCCAAUGGAACUUAUUCAGUUAUCUACUUGUGAAUACAAUCAACAUUUGACAGGCAAAAAAAUUGUUUUCUGAAUGGGAUUUCAUUUGCAUAUAGAGUUUUUAAGCAAUUAAACUUUUCUCAAAUAUGUUUUUAUGGUUACAUCAUGUCAUCCGAGAACACCACUGAAACUAUUUAUUGAUAUUUGCUAUGUGUUUUACUUGAUGUUACAUAUGCACAUUUUGUGUUCGAAGAGCAAUAUGCAUAUGCAUCUCAAAAAUUAAAGGAAUUAUUCAUCUAGAAAUGAACAUUGUCAUAAUUUACUCACCCUCUUGUUGUUCCAUAACCGAAUGAGUUUCUUCCAUGAAAAACGUUGAAUAUAUUCUUCUUUUGUGUUGCAUGGAAGAAAGUCGGGUUUGGAACAACAUGAGGGUGAGUAGAUGAUUUUUUUGGGUGAACCAUCCCUUUAUGUUUGAGUCCUGCCAAUAUAUUUAGUCUGUUUGACAUCCACUGGGGAGAAGAGUUUAAGUAAACAUUUUAUUUUUCUUCCUCAAGAUUGUCAGUUUUUAGACGUGUGUGUGUUUGAGGAGCACUUACUACCUGAAUGUGAAUCAUUAUGCUUAAUUCAGCAUUAUAUUGCAUGUAUCGCCCUUUGACCCUGCAAGUCAUUUCAUAGGUGGGGUUUUAAAGCUGCUCUGGUGGCCAUUUUGGCUGUUGAGUCUCUUAGCCCCGCCUUAAACUGUGACCCACCCCUCUAAGCGUUUACUUGGACUUCUGUGUUAGCCACAUUGAAAAAGGGAAUUGGUAGUUUCAAAGCAGGAAAGAGUUAUUUAAGCUAGUUUUAUUGUAACGGGCUCUUCCAUUUUCAAAUGUGCAGAUCUUUUCUGCCUUCGAGCGAAAGCAGUUGCUGUAUCCCAGCUGCUGUCUCACAUUUAGACUGUUGUGAAGGAGAAAAGGCCACUUGAAAGCGUUUUAAAAUGGCCAAAUCUGUCAAUGGUGACUGAGAACUCUCAAAUACCCAGAUGCGUUAUAUCAACACUUUAUAAAACAAAAUGAUUGCAUUUGGAGCUUAUGCUUUAAAGGAAAUUUAAAUGCUGUCAUCAUUUACUCACUCUCAUGUUGUUGUUGUUUGCGAAUUAUUUGUUUAUAAAAUGAAACACGGGGAAGAUUUCAGUGAAUGAUGGCUUACAUUUCCGUCUGUUCCUUACACAGAGCUAUUGUAUGGCUUCAAAAGACUACGAAUAGAGCUUUUCACCCAUGACGUCAAAUUUGUAGGCAAACCCAGAAGGCGAAUUCGCCAUGGGUUCCCUCAGUAAUUUCCUGUGGGUUUUUCAAAUGGGGAAUUAUGAGUAAAACAAGAUCUGUGGUGAAAAUUACUUGAAGAAACUUUCACGUUUUUGUUCUAAAACAUAAAUUACACACAGUCGUACCUCAUUUGUGGAUUUUGAAGCCGUUGUGUCUUUUAAAAAUGCACGUUGCUAACCCGUUGCUAAAUUAGGACUACAACAGUCAUCCGUUUUGUAAAGCACGUAUAUCACAUGCUGAUGGUAGUUGUAGUCCUUAAUUAGCAUUGUGAUAGCUACAUGCACUUUUGAGAAACGCAGUUGCUCAAAAUUAACGUCUUUUCUAGAACAAAACUUUCGCUUCAAGUCAUUUUAAAAGAGGUUGCACCGAUACCAGUUUUUCUCUUCCGAUUCCGAAAUCUGAAAUCUCAGUAUCGGCCGAUACUGAUCUGAUACCAGUGUUGUUUUUUUCAUAACCAGUUAAGAAUAUCUAUACCUCACUGAGUGAUGCUAAUUAUAUGUAAAGAAACACAAACCUUUAACUACACAUUAUUUCAAUACAAAUGUACAAACUAUUAAGAACAACUUUAUUGUUAACUAGUCUACUGGAUAAUGCUGCAGCAAAAUUAACAGUAAUUCCAGUCUGUAAGUCAGUCAGUUUUCUUUGCGCAAUUUUUUUCAACUUGUAUCUUGAUUUUAAAGGAUUCAGAUCUCUUUUUUUGUUUAAUUUAGUUGUAAGAUAUCAGUCCACUUUUCAUUCAGUUAUUUUUUUUGGAACCCAUUCAACUUAAAUAUUGUUGUAAUUUGUAAACAAAUAAUAAUGAUAAUAAGUUGUUGUUAUUAAUUUUACUGACUUUUAGAUUUUUAAAAUACAACAGUAAUAUAUUUCAGUCGUGCACCUUUAACUUUAAAAACCUCUAGCUUUUAUUUUGACGUCAGAACACUCCAGAAAGUCCUGUAUGUGUUUGUUUGUAGGCUAGUUCACAGUAGUUUAAUUCGCUUCUUAUUCAAAUUCUGGUAAAAUGCUCUUCCGGUGUCGUUUGAAAUAUUUUAUUAUAUUAUAAGUGAACCGAACUAUUGAGCAUCUACAGAUGUUGUUCACGAGUAGCGCUCAAAUAUGAAAAUAGCCGCAAGCUCUGAGGGCUGAAAAUAGCCGCGACUGCUUCACUAUGUAUGUGUGUCAACAGAGCAGCACCACACAAUAAAAUGCGCUGUGCAUGCAUACUGUAUAUUAACUUAAUAAACGCAGGGUUUUGCAAUUCACAAAGCUAUUGCAUGACUCACGAGUCAUAUGGACUACUUUAUUGGUGCUUAUAUUGUUGUUUUACGGAGCUUGACAGUAGCUAACACAAAGUAUCAGAUUUGUAUUGGCUCAUUGGACCGAGACCCAAUCCGUCUAAAAACGUCAGUACCUGGAUUGGUGCAUCCCUAAUUUUAACCACAGGCCUUAUUUUACUUGCAAAUCUAAAACUGCCAUUUUAAAAACCCAUAGGAAAUUCCUAAAGAAACCCAUGGCUUGAAAAUUCUAAUUGUCUUCCCAAUUUUUUUUUACAUAUAUAUAGAGCGCACAAGUCAUAUGGACCACUUUAAAAUGUCAUACGGGUUUGGAAUAAAAUGAGGGUGAGUAAAUUAUGACAGAAUUUACAAUCUUGAGUGAACUACUCUUUAAAUGAGUUUUCAAGCACUCUCUCGCCGCACCAGCAUAUCAAGCUGGUCUUUUUUCGUUUUGUUUAGAACUUCCUAAAUUUACCUGCCAAACUUUAGAACUUUGAACUGUUGCAACUUGAGUUUAAAGUUCCGAGGCCUCCAUUAUGACAUCAUCAUCUGCUCUUGUGUUGAGUUUUUCCAAACUGAUCGCCAUUCUUCUUGUGUCUACUGCUGGAAUGUUUUGUAAUUUGAUUUGAAGUGUUUUAAGCAUCAUAAAUAGCAAUAACAAUCAUUUAGACAGCCGGAGAACAGCGUAAACCCAACAUGGCUGAACUCAACUUUACAGUCAUGUGACACGAGGGGUAUGUGGGGUCUGUUUUUUUUUUCCUUUUAGAUUUCCACUGCAUUCAAAAAACACUUCCCUAUAAUUUAAUCAUGUUACUCUUGUUUUGUUCAUUUCAUUUUGACAGUAUUUGAAGUUAACAGCGAAAGAGUGUUAAUAUUUUUUGCUUCCGCAAGUCUUUUUCUUCCUUUAACAUUUACGUAGAAUAAAAUGAAACUAUUUUAAGAUAAAUAGAGAUAUUUAAAGAUUGAUGUUGUGAUUUCUUGUGUU